AUGACACCACACUUGCACACUUCCUCGUCUACUUUCAGCGAAAUGGGCACCAGCGCUAGCCAGACAAACAAGAUUGAAAAUAACGAGAGAGCUGUCACCACCAACGGCAGUCUGGAGGCCAAUGCCAGGGUCCCUCACAUAGACCCUCGAAUCCACACUGCAGAUGUCGUGCAGUUCAUGAAGUUUGGAUUUGAAGAGAAAGUGGAGAGACUUGCAAACUGCUCAGGCUUUCAACAAAGCAUGAUACAAGACAUGUACAAACACUCAAGUACCUUCAAGCAGGCCGAAAAUAUCACCAAGGCCAUGUGGAUCACUGCUGUGAAGUGUGCAGUGUCAAAAAUAAACAGGCAGGUGAUGCCAAAUGGUGAUGGUGAGGAUGGAGACGAUGAAGAAGAUGAAGAUGAGGAGGAGGAGGAGGAAAAGGAAAAGAAUGAGGGCAAGAAUGAGGACAAGAGUGAGAAAAAGAACAAGGAUAAGGAUGUCAAAGACGAGGACAAGUGA